AUGGACAUGGACAUAGCUCACCGAGACUACCUCCUAGCCACGCUCCACACCUUCCUCGGCGUCGCCACCCUCCUGCUCUGCGUCCUCGCCGAGCUCUUCAUCUUCGCCUUCCGGUGCCGCGCGGCGCUGUAUCUCGUCCCCGUGGCAGCACUGCUUCUCUUCAACCGCUUCCGACGCCGUGCCGCCGCGGCCACGGAAGACAUCGGGCUGGUGGACUUCUCGUGCCUGAAGCCGCCCCGCCGGCUGCGCCUCCCGGUGGCGGGGCUGCUGGAGCACCUGAGGCUCAUCGGCUGCUUCGACGACGGGAGCGUGGAGUUCAUGACCAAGGUCAUCGAGGCCAGCGGCAUGGGCAACGAGACCUACUUCCCGCCCUCGCUGCACUACAUCCCGCCGGCGGCGACGCACGCCGACGCGAUCCAGGAGGCGCGCAUGCUCUUCUUCCCCACGCUCGACGACCUCUUCGCCAAGACCGGCGUCCCGCCGUCGUGCGUCGGCGCGCUCGUCGUCAACUGCAGCGGGUUCUGCCCAGCCCCGUCGCUCGCCGCCAUCAUCGCCAGCCGCUACCGCAUGCGCGCCGACGUCAGGACCUUCAACCUCUCCGGCAUGGGCUGCGCCGCGGGCGUCGUUGGCGUGGAUGUCGCGCGGAGACUCCUGCUCACGCACGCCAUCUCCUACGCCGUCGUCGUCAGCGCCGAGAUCGUCACCGUCGGGUGGUACAGCGGCAAGGACCAGGGCAAGCUGCUCCUCAACUGCUACUUCCGCACCGGCUGCUCCGCCGCGCUAGUCACCAGCAUCCGCGGCGGCGCGGCGACGGUGCCGGUCAAGUACCGGCUCGCGAGCCUGACGCGCACGAACCAGAUCGCCAACGACCGGAGCUACCGCUCGGGGUACCGCGACGAGGACGACGAGGGCAUCACCGGCUUCACCCUCGGCCAGGGCGUGGGCCGCAUGGUGAGCGAGCUGCUGCGCGCGCACCUCGUGACGCUCAGCCUGUCCAUCCUCCCGUGGCGCGAGAAGCUGCGCUACGCGCUGGCGCUGCUCCUGUCGUCCCGCUCCCGCCGGCGCCGCCUACCAGGAGGCGACAACAAGCUCGCCCGCCCCGCCGCGCCGCCGCUGCCCGACUUCCGCGAGGCCGCGGACCACUUCUGCCUCCCGUCGUCGGGCAGGCCGAUGAUCUGGCGCCUGGGCCAGGGGCUCGGGCUCGGCGAGCGAGAGAUGGAGGCGGCGCUGAUGACGUUCCACCGCUUCGGCAACCAGUCGGCGGCGUCGCUGUGGUACCAGCUCGCGUACCUCGAGGCCAAGGGUCGAGUCCGCGCCGGCGACACGGUGUGGCAGCUUGGCAUCGGCAGCGGCCUCAAGGCCAACAGCCUGGUGUGGGAGCGCGUCGCCGGCCACGAAGACGAAGGGGAGCGCGAGCUGGGGCCGUGGAAGGAUUGCAUCCACAGGUACCCUGUGAAGGAAACGUAA